AUGUGGGCAGAAGAUGACGGAGAACAAUCAGCUGAGCCAUGUCUGGGUAGCUGCACAGAACCCGGAGAUAACAAGACCUACAUCAUGUACCAUGGCACCUCUCGGGAGGCCGCAAGACAAAUUAUGGCCACAGGGUUCCGUCAGUCCAGCAAUGGCAUGCUUGGGCGGGGCGUCUAUGUGAGCCGGGACCUACAGAAGGCCAGUAGGUACCCCCUGGACCUGCCUGAGAAAGAUCGUGUUGUACUGAAGGUCAGGGUCCGUGUUGGCAAAGUGAAGAAAAUUGAUUAUCAAGGACACCCCAUGAAGAAGACCUGGCACAAUUAUGGCUAUGACACAGCCUGGUGUCCUCCCAACUGUGGGAUGGUGCCGAGUGGCCUGGAAGAAGACUGUGUUUGGGACCCACGACGCAUCACUGUUGUAAAAGCAAUCAAUCCCAAGGUACCUCAACCCAGCACACUUUAACCAAUUGUUUUAGUCAAUAACAAGACCUACAUCAUGUACCAUGGCACCUCUCGGGAGGCCGCAAGACAAAUUAUGGCCACAGGGUUCCGUCAGUCCACUGGUGGCAUGCUUGGGCGGGGCGUCUAUGUGAGCCGGGACCUACAGAAGGCCAGUAGGUACCCCCUGGACCUGCCUGAGAAAGAUCGUGUUGUACUGAAGCUCAGGGUCCGUGUUGGUAAAGUGAAGAAAAUUGAUUAUCAAGGACACCCUAUGCAGAAGACCUGGCACAAUUAUGGCUAUGACACGGCCUGGUGUCCUCCCAAGUGUGGGAUGGUGCCGAGUGGCCUGGAAGAAGACUGUGUUUGGGACCCACAACGCAUCACUGUUAUAAAAGCAAUCUAUCCAAAAACAGGUGUCUGUACUGGGAGCUCAUCAGGAGGUGGAUGGCUUGGUGGACCUUAUUAUUACUAUCCUGAACACAAACAUUGCGAGCCAGUGAACAUGUGGGCAGAAGAUGACGGAGAACAAUCAGCUGAGCCAUGUCUGGGUAGCUGCACAGAACCCGGAGAUAACAAGACCUACAUCAUGUACCAUGGCACCUCUCGGGAGGCCGCAAGACAAAUUAUGGCCACAGGGUUCCGUCAGUCCAGCAAUGGCAUGCUUGGGCGGGGCGUCUAUGUGAGCCGGGAACUACAGAAGGCCAGUAGGUACCCCCUGGACCUGCCUGAGAAAGAUCGUGUUGUACUGAAGCUCAGGGUCCAUGUUGGCAAAGUGAAAAAAAUUGAUUAUCAAGGACACCCCAUGCAGAAGACCUGGCACAAUUAUGGCUAUGACACGGCCUGGUGUCCUCCCAACUGUGGGAUGGUGCCGAGUGGCCUGGAAGAAGACUGUGUUUGGGACCCACAACGCAUCACUGUUAUAAAAACAAUCUAUCCCAAGGUACCUCAAAGCAGCACACAUCUGCAUGUCAGGCCAAUCACAGCACACCUCAGUACUUCAGUCCCUGGCCCUUUCCUACCUCAGUACUUCAACCCUGGCCGUGUCCCACCUCAGUACUUCAACCCUGGCCCUCUCCCACCUCAGUGCUUCAACCCUGGCCCUGUUCCACCUCAGUGCUUCAACCCUGGCCCUGUUCCACCUCAGUGCUUCAACCCUGGCCCUGUUCCACCUCAGUGCUUCAACCGUGGCCCUAUCCCAUAUCAGUGCUUCAGGUCUGGACCUUUCUAUUAUUUUUAA